GCAUGGUGUCGUUGAAUUUUAAGCGCAUGCUCAAAGUCGAACAGAAUGUUGAGUAAAACGGACUAGUACAGACAGACAGACACUAGCGUUUAAAAUUGAAUAUUACUGAUUUCUUCGUGAAGCAGACCUUAUUUUCUCAACAGUAGUGUGUAAAACAAUGACGGAAACCCAGUCGUCGCUGUUACUUAGGAGACAGCUGGCAGAACUAAAUAAGAACCCAGUGGAAGGAUUCUCCGCAGGCUUGAUAGACGAUAACGACCUUUACAGAUGGGAAGUUCUAAUAAUCGGACCACCAGACACAAUGUUUGAAGGGGGCGUGUUUAAAGCACACCUCACGUUUCCCAAAGACUACCCACUCAGGCCACCCAAAAUGAAAUUCAUCACAGAAAUAUGGCACCCAAAUGUUGACAAGAACGGUGAUGUUUGUAUUUCUAUUUUGCACGAGCCUGGGGAGGAUAAGUACGGCUAUGAGAAGCCGGAAGAGCGCUGGCUCCCCAUCCACACCGUAGAGACCAUCAUGAUCAGCGUCAUCUCUAUGCUCGCAGACCCCAAUGGCGACUCGCCUGCUAACGUUGACGCCGCUAAAGAAUGGAGAGAAGACAGGCACGGCGAAUUUAAAAAGAAAGUGGCACGCUGUGUAAGAAGGAGCCAAGAGACUGCCUUUGACUGAUGGUAGUCCAGCCAUUUGUAGCUUCACAAUUUUUUUUCCAGGGUCUCCAGCAGAGAAAAGACGUGGCACUGUUUUUCCUGCGUUGUAAGACCCUGAUGGAUUUGUCUUGACUGAGCCUCUGCAGAGACAGACCGGGCAAACAAAAAAAAUAGGCUGCAGUAGAACACAUGACCAUCACACACAUGCUGACAAGAGACCAAGCCAAGUGCCAAUCUAAUAAAAGCGAAAGGAAAAUAAAAACAACAAACGCAUUACUCAGUCUGUCUAAUCGUUGGAAGUGAAACAGCCUUUCAGGAAGCAAUUGUAAAGACCUGUACAUAGCACACAUAAAUAAACGGAUAAUAUAAGAGCAGAUCUUUUUUUUUUCUCUCCAUCCAGUGAAAAAAAACACUUAGCACCAAAUAAUGUUUAGUUAGGUUAUGAAUCCCAUAAGAGAGCAUUCACAU